CCUUACCACACCAUAUUUCGUAAAAAUAAAUAAAUUUAUUUUAAAAUGAUUGGAGUACUUAUAAAUAAAACAUCUUUUGGCAUCCUGGCAGGAUUAGCCAGUGCCGCGUUCCUUGGUUAUUGUGUCUAUUUUGAUAACAAGCGUCGCAGUCAUCCGGAUUUCAAGAAAAAUCUCAUUGAGCGACGUCGUCGCAAUCGCAAAUCAGCCGGAUCCGAUGGCAUACCAAAUUUAACAGAUCAGAAAUCAAUAGAGCAAUAUUUUAUGCAAGAAAUUCAAAAAGGUGAACUACUCAUAUCCGAGGGUAACUUCGAACGCGGCGCUGAACAUUUGAUGAAUGCUAUUGUGGUAUGCAACAAGCCGGGCAAAUUGCUUAGUGUUCUACAAAACUCAUUGCCAGUAGAGGUGUUUUCCUUGCUGGUUUACAAGUUAAACAAUUAUAACAUGAAUGCACAGAGAUCUCCAUGUAUGUCAGAUGGCUUCUCGGCUGGACUGGUUGUCGAUGACGGCAGUGUUGAAUGAGCAACAAGUCCAACCCAACAACAGACUCACAUAAAAAUACACACACUAAAACAUACACACACACACACACAGACAAGUAAUUAAAUUUUAGCCAAAUUAAUAUUAAUGUUUCAAGAUUGAAGUUAAACAGAUUACAAAUACAAAUUACCAUUAAUUGAAUGUA